AUGGUCCUGUGGCAAGGCAACGUGCAUUGCCUCGCCGCACACCCUUCUACCACCCACACCCGCUCCCCUCCAACCCCUUUCCCCCGUCCUUCCCGUCCUCCCCGCUCGCCUUCCCUACUUCACCGAUGGGAAUUCACGCGUCGUCCCGCGCGCAGUCGCCCUCGUGCGCCUUUUGAGUUGACUUCAAACAACCCCUCACAGCGCUCGCCCCUCCCCCUUCCCCAACCUUUUCAUUCCGUUGACCCCCUCUGUUUCUCCCCUUCACCCGUCCCUCUUCUCCUCUCCCCUGCCUUCUCAUCCACCACGCCCCUCCCUUGUCGCCCCCACCUCCCUUGUCGCCCCCACCCCCCUUGUCGCCCCCACCUGGCACCUCCUCCCACAAGAAGCCCGUUCAUCCGUGCAUGCCCCGUCCCCCCACCACCUACCCUCCUCCCUCCGCCCAACCCCCCAAACUCGCUCCUUUUGGUUGAGGAUCUGCUGGCGUCAUUUGAUAGCAGCGCUGACGUGGCGGCGCUGAGUCAGCAGCGCACGGGGUGCUCGUGCUACCACAUCCGCAACAACUACUGCUGCUCGCAGAACCUCUGCCUUUGCUCGCCCAUGUGCUGGAACGGGCAAGAGAUGAUCUCGCUGGGGCAGCCACAGUGCGAGGCAGCGAGGGAGCACGCCCCGCCGCCACCCAACGAGGGCAAGCCCAUCCUGCGGGCGGUGGGGUGCCACAAGGCGGUGGAGUUCAGCGAGGCGCUGCGCGUGGUCACAGACGAGGCCGUCAACUCGCUCGUGCACCUCCGGGCUGCUGAAGGAGGCGGGGGAGGAGGGGGGGAAGGAGGGGGGGAAGAGGGGGGAGAGGGGGCGGUGGAGGGGAAGGGGUGGCUGGAGACGCGGCGGCGAGUGGAGUGGCGGUUUGGGCUGACGCUGUUGCAGCGGUUUGACUACCAGGCCGUGAACGUGGCGCACUUCAUAGGCAAGGCGUUCACGCUGCUGCUGGCCAACAACUUCACGGACCCGCCCGUGCUGCACCCCCUCGUGGCGCGCUUCAUGCUGCCGCGCGACGACUUCACGCUCGAACGGUGGCGCAUGGGGGGCGGCUACGCCAUCCACGCGUUGGUGCUACAGGCGCUCAUAGAGUUUGCCCUCACGCCUCUCCUCACGCCACAGAUGCACACCUCCUCUCAGCUGCACGAGCACCGCACGCUGGGAGACGAGGCGAUGGCGAACGGGCUGGUGGAGUUUGAGGGCGCGUGGCGCCGCGCCACGGAGGAGGAGCCGCUGUGCUUCCAGCGGGUGCUGCUGCCGGGGAUACUCAAGGGCCAGGUGUUCCCCUCCUCGCCCGCCCAGGCCGGCUACCUGCAGCGCCACCUGCGGGUGAAGCUGCGCCUGCAGCCGCCCCCCGCGGUGCUGUGGGGGCCGGAGGACGCGCAGGGGUGGCGGGCGCGCGUGCUGUACAUCACCCGCCUGGGGGCGGAGCUCAGGCAGCGCCGCACGUUCGUGCCGGAGAGCCAUGAGGCCCUGCUGCGAGUGAUGGAGGAGAUGAACAUGGAGGUGAGCAUGGCGGAGCUGAGCCAGCUGACCUUCAAGCAGCAGUUUGACGCCAUUCAGUCGGCCGACAUCAUCCUCUCCCUGCACGGCGCCGCCCUCGCCAACCCGCCGCUCUUUGCACGGCGCACCACGGCAGUGGUGGAGAUCAUGCCGUACCACGUGCUGCACGAGACCUACUACGCCAUGGCUUUAAGUGCCGGCCUCCCCUACUUCAUGAAGAUGUGCCGCCGAGGAAGCUUCCAGGCAGGGGACCGCGCUGAGGUGGACGGGCUGAGCUUGUACGACUGCACGCACGGGCAUCCCGAGUGCAAGGAGUAUUUCACGCACCGGCGGCGGGUGGAGCUCACAGAGGAGGAUUUGAGCGACCUGAGAGUGAUUCUUAGCACGGCGAGGGAGGUGGUGGCGGCAGGGCGGGGGGGCAUGGGGGAGGUGGUGCGGCCGGAGGAGCUGCCAGGGUGGGCGGAGCAGCGGUUUGGGGAGCGCUGUGUGGCGCGGGAUGCUGGGCUGUUCUGCCGGAAUGACUUUGUGCGGAUAGUGGGCGGCACGGGGGAUUUCACGUGUGUGUUUUCAAGGGAUUGUGAAGGCCAGGAGCAGCCACAGUGA